AGUCAGUCAGCUGAGCCGAGUCGGCCGCCGCCGCCAUGGGCGCGUCGUGAGGGUAGCUGCUUCAGAGAUGUCCAGCAAGUUGAAGGGCCGUCCUGCUGAAAAUGGAGAGCAUCCCAAGGGUAAAAUGGAAAACGGAGUGGACAGUGGGGCUGCCCCUGCCCUUAUUACCUACACCCCAGAGGAGAUGGUGCAGCAGAUGAAAGAACUAAUCACUGAGAACAACGAGUUAAAAGAAGCCAUGAAGUUGCAUAACCAAGCUAUGAAGGACCGAUACGAGGAACUUUCCAUCUGGAGAGAGAAGCAGAAGGAAGAACGAGAAUUUUAUGAGUCAAAGUUUAAGGAGGCGAAGCAGUGCUUGCAGGCCAAGUGCAUUGAAAAUGAACAACUACAGCAACAACUUCAGAGCUUGAAGGAAAAAGAAGAAGGAGCUGAAAUGGAGGGCUGCGUGGCUCUCGAGAAGGAAGUGAGGAACCUGAAAUCCCAGGUGCAGCGGCUCCAGGCUGAGAAGGCAGAUCUGGUUGCCAUCAUUUCAGAACUGCAAGUCAAGCUGAACAUGUCAGCAGAGGAUUCCUUCGUGGAGAUUGGGAUGACCGAAGGAGAAAUAAAUAGAACUGCAAAGGAACAUCAAGAGAAUGGUGGUGAAACGACCGGGAAUGUUGCUGUCUACAUCAGGAGCAAAUCUGCAGAUGAAUCUAAGAAUUUGGAGUCCGAGGAGCUAACUGUGAGCCAGCUGCUGUGCUCCCUUAGAAAUGAAACUCAGAAGAGGGAAAAACUUGAGAAGGAGCUGCAGGAUCACAGAGAGAGACUGUCAAAGCUGGAGAAGGAAACCAGCAACUACCUGGACAGUGGGACACAAACUGAACAGGAAGAAGAGACUUCAGAGGCUGUUGGCAGUGAAGUAGAAGCCCUGAAUUUGCAAGUCUGUGCUCUGUUUAAGGAGCUUCAGGAAGCCCAUGAGAAGUUAAAAGAAGCAGAAUUGAUUCAGAAGAAGCUUCAAGAAAAGUGCCAAGCACUGGAAAGAAAAAGCUUGGCUGCUGCAUCAGAAUUGGAGGAGAAGCAGCAGCUAAUAUACACUGUCAAGAAGCUGGAACUUCAGGUGGAGAGCAUGCAGUCAGAGGUCAAGCUGGAACAAGCCAAGACACAUGAAGAAAAGGCAAGAUACAAUAGCCUGCAGGACUCAUAUAGCAAACUUCUUCCUCAACUCACUGAGGCAAUGAAACAAAUUGAUGAAAUGAAACUCAAAGAGCUGGACAGAGUGGAUAAAGCUGUGGUGGAACAACUGAAAGCAAAGGUGGAGUUGGCAGAACAAGCUCUUGCUGCAAAGCAGCUCCAGAUAGAUGAAAUGAAGCAGAUAAUUGCUAAGCAAGAGGAGGACCUUGAAACUAUGUCUGUGCUCCGUGCUCAGAUGGAGGUUUAUUGUUCUGAUUUCCAUGCUGAGAGGGCAGCAAGAGAGAAGAUCCACGAGGAGAAGGAGCAGUUGGCUGUCCAGCUGGCAUACCUGCUAAAGGAGCAGCAAAACCUUGAAGAUCUUGGCCGAAGCUCUUUGGCAGAGAUGCAGAAUCGCCACGGAGCCAGAGUGCCGGAUCGGGAACACUCACCUCACCUUGUCCAAAGAGGAACUGGUAGUCAAGACUGGCCAGAGCAGCGGAAUAUCUCAAUAUAUUCAUGUCCCAAAUGUGAAGAAAUUUUACCUGAUUUGGACACACUGCAGAUUCAUGUUAUGGACUGCAUUAAUUGAGUGCUGCCCUCCAUUUCUUCGUCUUCUGGAAUUUCACCUGCAAAAUACUUUGGGUUUUUUUUACUUCUUGCUCAAAUAAUGCUCAAUUCUACAUCCUAUGAAGGAGGUUUUCGGGGGUUUUCUCCUUAACUCAGUGGGAAAACAGUAAAACUCUUCCCCUGCCCUGUAGUCACUAAUCUUCUUGUAAUCUGCUUUAGGGAAAGAAUUUUCAUAGGUUAACAACAUGGAAGUGCUACAGAACUCACAGUGUGUCUGCUGCUAUGAAACCUUUCAGGAACAUUCCCCUGAAGUGCUCUGCCCUAUGGCUGCCCUGCAGAAUGAGGCUGACUCACUGAAGUCAGAAGAGCGAUGGGAUAUCUGCUGAUCAACUCUAAGAACAGUGAGCCUGUUUCUCUCUCAUAUAUUAUAUACCAGGAAAGUAAUACAUGAAAAAGCUAUUUGAGAAGCUUUCAGCAAAAUGGAGUAGUGCUGUAUUCAUUGAGCAUUUGAAGUGAACCCUGCUCUUUCUCCAGAUGGCAGUUUUAUUGCUGCCCUUGUGACCAUACUAAUCUGAUGUUAAAUUUUUGAUGGCUUAUGUAACUUCUUGCUUUAGCCAGAUGUGGGUAAGGUUUAAAACAGAUCAUUUAGGUCUGAUACAUGUAGCUCCUGAUGUACUCAAGUCACUUGGUUUUAUAGAACUCUUAAUUUUUAAGGUGUUGUCUUGACUUUUGUUUAUUAUAAUAAAAUAAUUUGAACCUGUACAGUAUUGUGGUAGAAAGCACUGAGAUGGAUGUAUCCUAAUUUAAAAAAUUAUAAUGGAUUUUCAUAUCCCAAAAUAAAUCUAUAACAAUUAUAAAAUUAUCUAUGCCUAUGAAUACUUUGGAGGCUGAAACAGGAUUGCAGAUACAGGAUUGCAAAAAUCUUUAUCUUUUUCCUUCACUGUUCAAAACUGAAUCUUGGGAAGCAAAUAUGCCUGGACUCAAUACAAUCCAGUAGUUAAAUCUGUGCCAUCUUGUUCUAUGGUAGGUCUGUUGGGGUCACUGAGAGGUGACAGUCCACUUCCUUCUGAGUACCAAAAUCAUGAGCUGGGUGUUCAGAAGGAUGAGCACACAACCUGAACAUCAAAGCUCAACAUUUUAAUAUCAUUUUAUUACUUCUUAACAAUAGUUUUAGUCCUAAAAUCUGGUGUUUCUGUUUUCCACACACACCAGAAAUGGAGACAGCAAUUGCCACUGCUGUGCUACAAAGGGACCUCUGGAGGUCAUCUAGUCAGACCUCCCUGCUUAAGCAGGGUCAUCCUAGGGCAGGGUGCUCAGGAUUGUGUCCAGGUGGCUUUUGAAUAUCUCCAAGGGCAGGAGAUUCCACAACCUCUCUGGGUAAACUGUUCCAGUGCUCAGAAUUUGUAUGUGACAAAUUCUCCUGUCAACCCACUUCCAUAAAUAAGUGCUUCUUCAACUUGUGCUGUGGAUGAAGAUCUGAAUCACAGAGGAGAAAAUAGUCACAGAAAUAAAAAGUUUGGUGACAAUAUUUUAGUCAUUAUUUUGCUUCAAACCUGAAAUAGAAACUACUCUAGAGCUGAUUAAUUCAAAACAAAGGCCUCAAUAGUGUAAAAUUUAUGUUUUGCACUCAACAGAUGAAUAUUAUUAAAAUACACACAACAAAAAUAUCUGUUUCUUGGGCCCAAGAAAACCUUCCUUCAGCAUAUUUUUUCAUGUCAUGCUGUCAGUGAAUUCUCAGCUACCAAUACCUGGAGAAACAAUCCUUUUUUUGCCACUGUAAUUAAAGUGAGUUUUUUAUUUUA